GUUCCUGGUAAGAUCCGUAAUAAACUGUAUAUAAGAGCUGGUGUUUCUCUGGUUCAGCAGCUCCAGACAGGACGACUGAAGCUACAGACGCUGAGAAGGAAGAAGAGAAGAUCGUUCUGCAGCAGGUAAUCAUCAUCUUCAACAUCUGCAUCAUCUCCACCAUGAAGACGCUGACUCUGUCUGCACUUCUUUGUGCCAUGAUGGCUCUGACCAGAGCUGCUGCUCUUCCAGACGCAGAGGAUGAACCUGGGACAGAGGGAACUGCUGUCCAAGACACAGAGGCUGGAAACUGGACCGACUCAUUCACUCCAGGAGAGAGUCAUACUGACAAGAGGUCCGUAUCUUGUCCCAGUGGUUGGACUGCUUUUAACGAUCGUUGUUUCCUCUACGUUCCACGAUCCACGAGUUGGGCUGUGGCUGAGAGAAACUGUAUGUCCAUGGGUGGACACCUUGCAUCUGUACACAACAUCCAGGAGUACCAUCAGAUUCAGACAUUGAUAUCGAGCGCCACUCAUUAUCAAGGAUUAACAUGGAUUGGGGGAUCUGAUGGACAACAGGAGUAUUAUUGGUUCUGGAGUGACGGAACGUCUUUCGACUUUUCUCAGUGGUGUCCUGGAGAGCCUAAUAACUAUUUAGGUCAUCAGAACUGUGCAGUUGUUAAUCAUUCAGAUCAGAAAUGCUGGGAUGACGUUUGGUGUGAUUGGCAGCUCCCAUCUGUCUGUGUCAGAAACGGCUGAUAAACACGUGAAGAACGUGUCAAAAACACAAACACUGAUCAAUUUGUGUUUGUCUGUCUGCGAGGAAACUCUCUCUUCAGCCUACAGUCUCAUAUUUGACCUGAAGGCUCUAUAUCUCAUUUCAUAUCUUCUUUAUCAUAUUUUCUUCUCUAUCGCUGUAACGCUACUUAAGGAACGAAGCGACACGAGACAUAAACAGCAGCUGGAUCGUCUCUGUCUCUUUAAUACGAGCAGACUGAAUGUGUAAUGAAAAGAAAGCUUUUAGCACAACUUUAUUCUGCAGAGUGAACUGUUCUUUCUUGUCUUAAGCAAAAUUAAAAGUCUCAAGCAUUGAAAAAA